AUGCAUCUGGUUGGCCGCUGUUGGGUUUGCCUGCCUGCCCUGCUCUUGCUUUCCCUCCUUGGGACUGCACUUCAAAGCACCUGGGCCACUGCUGAUGGGGAUGCCCCAUUCCACAUCUGUGUCUCCCAUUUUCCACCCAUGGUUACGUGCGAUCCCUCCGGGAACAUCAGCACAUACACUGGCUAUGAGAUCGACAUGAUCGCAGAGCUCAUCAAGACAAUGCCCCCGAGGGAGUAUACAUAUUCAUGUGUCAACUUCUCAUUUGCGGUCAAUGAAGAUCUGCUGAAGAAGGAAGGCUCUGUCUGCAACAUGGUUGCUGCGGGCAUAACAAGGUCCACUGAGAGGGAGUUGAAGGGCAUCCAGUUCACUGACCCAACAUAUCGAGCCAGCCUGGCCAUCAUGACUCUUGCCAGAUUGAAGGAUGCCUCUUGGUGGGGCUUCUUACGGCCCCUGCACUGGAGCGUAUGGGCGUCGAUGAUUGCCACAGCCUUCCUCGUCCCCUGGUUCGUCUUCGUGGUGGAAAGCCUGGCCUGCCAUGGCUUUGUGCACAGUGGGGAUUGGCUGCAGGGUCUCAAGGAUGCUACCUAUGACAGCAUUGCCGCUCUUGUGAACUUUGGCCACUACCGAGUGAACUCCACUGCUGCCCGCACUGUGGUUAUGGCCUAUGGGUUUCUGGUCCUCAUCAUCAUCAAUACAUAUGUGGCCAACCUGGCAGCAUUCCUGACGAUCUCGCAGGUGGACCCACUGAUCAAUGGUGUGGACGACUUAAUGAACAUUCCAGGCAAGAGGGUGGCUUCGAUCGACGUGUACAAGGAGAGGCUCUUGAGGCAGGGGAUCCUUGCAGUGAUUGUCAGCCAGACCGACGCCUACCUGGAAAGGAUGGUGGCAGGCCUCAGAUCCGGCAGGUACAAGGCGCUUAUCAUGGACGAGCCCUGGGUGUCGUUGACUACGAGCAGCGGUGGCUGCGACCUGAGGAAGCUGGGACAGACGAUCGAGCCCUUCGACUACGCACUGGCCUUUCCCGUGUCGGCGCCCAGAGGCCUGGUGCACAACUUCUCGAGGAGCGUGCUCGCCCUGCAGGAGGCCGGUGUCCUGGAGAGGCUCAUCGAUGAGCACAUCAACGUCCCGAGAAGGGGCUGUCCACCGGAGUCGGGAUUCAGCGAGACAGAGGCGGUGCACCUGGAGCAGGUGUUGGGUCUAUGGAUCAUUCUGGCUGUUGCCAUCGGCGUUGCUGCAAUCCUCUUGGUGUUCACCAUCGUGCACAAGAUGCCCAACGAGGCCCCGGCGAUCAACAGCUCGGGCAGGCGGCGAUGGACGGUCCGGGUAAAUACCCGCAAGCGCCUGCCCACGUCCUACCACGCAAAGGCCACGGCGGACCUGCAGUCUAGAAAAGUGGACCUCGUCCCUGGCCUCAGUGCGUCCGCAGACUACGAGACCAUGCGGGAGGACAUGAGGGUGAUCAGGGCAGAUUUGUCGAAGAUGCUUGGCGACCUGGGACGAGCAACUGAGGGUGGAGCGCAGCACGCGCAUUUGCGGCACCCCUCGUAUGACAUGCGCGAAGGGCCCAGGUGA